AUUUAUCCAUGAUUCUGAGUUUGCGCAGCAUCGUCACCUGGCGUCACUCCCGUAGCUGCCGUCGUCCCCUUUACCCCACUUUUUCGCUGUUGAGAUUUGGCCAACGCCGCUGGUCAACAAUGUUAACCACUUCCGAACUGUAACAUUCCGUCGCUAUGGGUUUUGAAGGACUGGUGUGAAAGAUGCUUUCGGUCGAGCUCGUUCCCGUGGCAUGGGCUCUUGUCGCCAUCCCUACGUCAGUGGUUUUGAUUGUCGCUCUCGCACUGUGUCUUUGUAAGCAAGGGGCGGACAAGUCACUCAAUUUCUUGGGUGAGAACCGCCAAGUAUUGAAUAAGAACUCGCCCGUCGCCUAUAAAGUACAGAGCACCGACGAUCACCAGAAUGGCGACUUGCGGGGGGACUCUCCUCUCGAAAAAGUUUCACUCCAUCCCAGCAGGCCAGUGACCGAGCGAGCGCUGCCAACACCUCCAGGCCGGCCGCAGUCGCUGCCUAACCCACUCCCUAACCCGGCAACAACUGGCUGGGAUGGUGGCAGCAACAACAACAACAAUGGUGCUGCCGCUGCAACGGACGGGCACGUCUCCACGACUCUCGUGCGUCCGCACCGAAGGAACAAGGCUCACGCCCCGCCGCCACCGACCACACCUUCGUCAUCUGCUGCCCCCGGUGUUGCUGUGCCGUCUGUCAGCAAGGGGACAGACACUCCGAGCGAGAGUUCAGAGUCCGAUCCCCUGUACUCGGUGGCAAACGUGCGUGCGCCCAGUUCUUCGGAGGACACCGCGCCGCCUGUCCCUGAAAAGCGCUUUGAUGUUGUCGAUGCAACGGAGGAAAGUGCACCUCCACCGGUGUCGGAAGAAAUGGCUGCUUCAUUCCAUCUGGCUUGUUUAGGGCAAGUCAGUGCACCAGUUACACCUGUGCCCGGAACAUCGAGUCACGCUGCCGACAUCGCAUUUCCUGUACCAGCUUCAUCUGACUUGCCUGGCAGCUCUGCACAACCUGCAGGAAAAUCGGACCUGUCGUACACUGUGAUCUCUGUCCGUGAACCACUGGCCAAAGUUCGAGAGGAGACAAUGAGGCAGAAACCAGCGCAGGCUGCAGCUGCAACCCAGGAGGCGUACUACACAGAGGUUCCCGAGGAAGAGCAGAUGUAUGCAGAGAUUGAGUCGGGUCACAACUCUGCUGGCUCGUCAGUUACGUAUGCUCGCAUCGAGCCAAGGACAACCGAGCCACACCCACCGGCGCCACCAACUGUUGAAAGCCUCAAGUCAGUCGCCCAGGCUCAUUCCAGACAAGCAUCUGUUACAUCGGCAUCAUCGCUCGGAGCACCGAGCCCCGACAUUGAUGUCGGGAGCCUGUACUCUGCUGUUGACAAGUGCAACAAGCAGAGGCAGACAAUCCACGUAUCGGAAGGUGUGGCCUCCAUGACAGAAGGCCCACCUAAUUUAGACGAACUGUAUGCCAAAGUUCACAAGCCCCACCGCCAACCAGUUGCUGCAGCAGUUGCUUCGCAAGAAGAAGGUGCUGAAGGAAAGAAGUCCUUAGUAGCACCGUUGCAUGAAGCCUUCCUCGUGCACGAUAGACCGCGGUCGAUGCCUCCUAACAUCGAGUCUGUUGUCUCGUGCACCAAUGUCACUCUGGUACGCGAGUUGGAAGAGAAGAAGGAGCUGGUUGAGGCACUUCCACCGCCACCAGAAGAAUAUGCAGAUCCCGCAUACGAAAGGGUUUACCACCAGGACUCCAGUGACACAGAUCCUUGUUAUGAGAGAGUGACUGGUGGGCAUGGAAGUGAUGGCAUUUCGGACUCGGGAUACGAGAAGGUUGCCAAGAGAUUUGACCAGGAACCAGACUAUGAGACACUUCGUAAGGAUGCCGCAACAGAGUACUCCGAGGGAGCCCUUGACCCUCAUUACGAGCAGAUUCGAAAGAGCGACAAAGCGUCGACUGUCCAUGAGGAUGAAGUGGUGACCAGUGCUCACGGGCUGACUCAACAGGACAGUGGUUCCACAGCAGACUAUGGUUAUGAAAGAAUCAAGGGUCGCCAUGGCCUUGCUGAAGAUGAAGGAAGUGAUCCGGGAUACGAACAGAUUUGUCGGAGAGGAGAGGAUGACACAAGCGACCCUGGCUACGAGCGAAUCCAUAGGAGUCACAGCGAUGCAUGCAGCCAAGCAGAUAGUGAUCCUGGAUACGAGAGAAUCAAAGACAGGAGUGGUGGAGGCCGGUCAUGGCGUGGCCGUGGCAUGGGAGGGGACUUUGGCUACAGGAAAACGGGAGCUUGUCUAGCAUCAGCUACUGCCAGCACUGCAAAGCAGGACAAUAACGGGUCGAGUGACGAGACGUAUGAAAGUGUUCAAGAUGACAUAGUUAGAAAGCUUGGCUACAGCCUGAUGAGAGGAACAGGCAGCAGCACAGAAUCACCGGUGCCUAGUCCCGUUUGGAAGCAGGCGUCGGAUGACAGUUCUACAUCAGAGCGUGGUGCUGAAGACAGCAGCUCAGAGGAGCCAGGUUACGAAAGAGUGAGGCAUAGAGAUGAAGCUGAUGAUGGGUCCAUUGGCAGGCCAGCGACGUCUGCCAGCAGGUGUCUUGGUGUGCAGGCGAGAAUUUGGAGAAGCAGUGACAGCAACCUGACAACCAGUGUGGAGACAGCUGAGCGGGCUACCAGCACAUACAGCCUCAAUGCAAACCUUGAUGAUGGAAGCAGCGAGCCCAUAAACAACACAAAUGGAGGAGCAGCACUCUACGAAGUCAUCCGAGGCUCCACAGACGUUGUCGCAGCCCUUGAGCUUGUGACAGACAACGAACCAAUACCCAUCACAUGGGCACGCAACUCGGCUGGCCGUUCGUCAGAGCACAAGGAAAGGGAGUACAUCUUCUGAAACUUGGGCUGUCGUAAAGUUUUCCCUCUUCUUUAAUGCAGUGUAAUUCUUCCCGGUUCUGUGUGCAUGUGUUGAAUCAAACGUACGCUAGCGCUGCACACACUCUCGCUAAGUACCAUUUCCAGUGGGAAGUUUUCUCAGCUUCAUGUGUUACUUGUUUCACGGAACUUCCAUAAGAACUAUGUUAACAGACGGGCCUAAAUUUUGUAGAUUUAUGGCAAAGAGGGCUAUUGCAAAUAGUUUGUUUGGCAGGUGCUCAGGGCACAUAUGUCGCAAGAUGCCUGGCUGGCUUUCUUUUUCAAAUUGUAAACAGUGUUUUGUGCUGUGUUUGUGUUCUUUGUUAAACAGUGAGCUUGAGUUAAGAUUUGUUGAGAAGUUGCUUAUGUAGUGUUGUUGCUGCGAGUUGCAUGCAACUUUUUUCAGAAAGCUUUUAGUUAUUGUGCCUGUAAUGACUGCAGUGUCUGCACUUUUAUUUCUUCAUUGUAAUCAAAACAGGGUUCAGUGCAUCAUUUGUUAUUCUUUUGUAUUGUAAUGAUGUGUUGCGAGCCAUGUUUGCAGCGUAACUUCCAGUUCCUUUUUCGUUGAUUAUGCUCGAAUGACGCCUGUCUAGCAUGGGAGUAUGUUUUAGACAGACUCUCUCUUGUGCAAUAAUAAUGAUUGUGACAUUAUACCUGCAGUCAUUCACCAUUUCAAUCAUUAUAAACUUAGUUUUUUAAUACAGUGUAAGUUUAGACAUGCACUUCCUAUUGGCACCUGCAACUUGAGAAAUUAUUUCAUGUUCACUGCUAAAAAUCUUGAUUUAGGGUACAUCUUAUAGUCUGCUUUGUAUAUUAGUGUAGUGUAUUCACCAUCAGUGCUUGUCAUUUGCUUGUAAAGUGAACAAGCAACACGUUACUGGCAGGGCUUUUCCAGAGUCUGUUGGCAACACCAAUCCAUUAAGCGGCCUGUCUUGCUUUCUCGAGGACUUCGUUUGCAGGCGAGAACAGUUUCCAAUUUUGCUGAGAUGAGCCAAGGAGUUAGUGAGAACAAUGUUAAAGAGCUAGGUGCACUCCUUAGGCAGGACUUGGGCUUGAAAAAGCAAUCUGCGAACGUAGAGGAAUUGAAAAUUCUUCUCCCAAGCAAUUACUUCCUAUUAAGUUCCAGGCAGCAUAUUCUCUAUAGCUCAGCGAGCAGCAUGGAUAUCAUAGAGGUGGUAGCUAAGUUUGGAUAUCUUUCUUUUUCUUUUCGUGGAAUCGUGAGCGAUUCUUGCGAUUGUUUCAUCCUCGCCUGUCAACACAUGCUCUGCAGCUAUAAAUAUGUGCUUUAGUUAUGAAUUACGGGAAGUGCCUGGAGUGUAAGCAAACUGUGCUAGAGACUUACCUUUUUUGUAAAAUGUUGAAGACAUGAGCAUUAAUAAUUGCUACUGUAUCACAAAGAACGUGUAGUUGCGUAGGCAUGGGCAGUACAGGCAAAAUUACCUGUAGAUUGAUGUUUUGUUCUUGUUUUAAUGUAGUUGGGUUUCAUUUUUCUUAUUUUGCUGUUUUUAAAAUUUUAUCGUUUUCAUUCAACGUUUAUUACAGCCAUUUGUUCGUCUCCUUCUCUUCAAGAACAAAUCAUCAGUGUUUUUAUUUUCUAUGAAAAACAUGUACCUAAUAUUUCACUGGACUUCCCACCGUUUUGACAUACUUCAUUUUGUUUUUAUUAUGUUGCAAAAUCCUUGUGUCUUAUGCCUUUUAUCUAGAAUUUUGGGAAAUUUAUUAAUGCAAGGAGAAAAAAAGCAUUUUCAUGUAACUAGGUAAUGUGACAUUUUUUUCUUCUUUCUAAAAAAUGUGAAUGUCUUUAUAGCUCUACACUUCAACCUUCAUAUUACAAGGUAUGCAGAUAAAAUUGUGGCUGUAAAGGUAACGUUUGAGCAAUCUUCUGUGACCAGCGGAAUAUUCCACUGCAGUUGCUACAUUCCACUAAGUACUAAUUGCUCUAUUCUUUAUGUUAAUUACUUUCUUUUGUGUGCUCAUCGCAUCUUACAUUUUAUGCAUUCUUAUUAAGCUGCCACUAUAGCUUGGAAGUGAAAGAGUGGUGCUGUUAAAAGAUGCACCUAAUUUUUGCUGUCAAAACUGCAGUUCAAGAUGGUGUCACUAAAAUUCACAAACUGGGCAAUAUAAGCUUAAUAGCUGUGAAUCAGGUAACGUUUUCUUUUCACAUGUAUGGAUGUAUCCGUUAACUGUAUGAAGGUACAACUAUUGAACCGAGCAAAAGCUGCGAGUAUGUAUGUGUUUUGCAAAAUUCUGCCAUUUCAAAGCCAAGUGUAGCAGUUAACAGCCAAUGAAUUAACUAAUGAAUUAACCAAUGGACUAAGUAAACUGCUGCUUAUUUCAGGAAUAAGCUGUCUAUCCUUUUGCUAAUCCUUGCAGUAGAAGCUUGUUAAUUUAAACCUAGCUAAUUUUUGUAAUCAGUUAACGCUACUGAUCUCUGGCUGUGGCAAACAUAUGCCUUAUUCUGCGGUGUUAGAAGCCCAUUAAUUUGGAGGCCGUGCGCCAGUUUAUUAGAAUGUGCGACGUGAAAGCACACAUUUAUGUGCACGUCCACGUGUGCACAUAACAGUGCAUGUGGCUGCUAACAAAGUGGUGUAGACACUGUAAACGACAUCUUGUAGACAUGGCUUACCAAGACUGUUUUCCAAUGCAGAAGUCAUUUUCAGAAAAAUGCAAAAGCUUCAUAAAUACUUUGAUAGUGUUCCUACAUAACCAGAAUUACCUAUUGCGCUUCCAAAUUUUGUUGUGGGCAUGCUGUUGUUUCUUCCAAUGUGCAUCGAUGUUGUUUAUUUAUUCACACUGCCACACCAAAAAAGUAUCUAUUGUUCAUGACUCAGCGCUGAGGACCAUUUAAAGCACAGAAAACAUGGACUGGAAGUCCGUGCUGUACCAGAAAAGUAGUCACACGUGCCAGGCCCCCCGACAUUUUUUUUUUCUCUACUCCCUUGAAAUUUAAGUUAAUGAGCUUAUACUGCAGUUUAUUAUGUUUUAAUACACACAAUGUUUUGUAAAGGAGUUGAACAUACUCCAAGUACACCAUCCUUUUCUGCCAUUUAUUUUUGUUUGCCAAGUGUCAACAUCUCCCGUACACGCCUCAGCAUGAUGGAAACGGACUAGCGGGAGGUAUUAGCUUGAAUACAAAUGCACGUAUCUAACAACGCCAUCACUGGUGGCAACGUCUAUAAGUGCUGUGAUCAGCCAUAAUGCACUACAUACUUUCUUGUGGUGCGUGAUUCAGUUCAAUCAGGGAAAACUUGCCAAAAUAACUCUGUCAUGAUUAUGUUGAUAUUGAUGCGUUUAGGCCAGCACAUAACAGUGGCACAGUCCAUAAUUGUAAUGAAAACUGUGUAUGUCUUGGUUAAAUCAGGGGAAAACAAGGGGAAGGCGGGAGAUAGAAAUUCAAGAUGAUGGGCAAGACACGAACAAGGUAAAAGUGGGAGCCAACGUUUAGACAAGUGGACUUCUCUUUUUCAAGGCAGCAUGCUUGGCACAGUAUAUAUCGGUAGGCUUCUUCUAAAGGGCAGAGGGGGUAAAGAGAGUGGACGAGGCAACCCCCAAGGUCUAAGGCACGCUUGCUCCCAAAGCUUACAUAGUGUAAGUCUAGUUCUCUUUUUUUUCUUCCUUCUUACUUGUGUAAAAUUAUUCAAUUCUUAAGCGAAUUGAGCUAGCUACCACAAGCUGUGUUGGUACAAAAAAGAGUUGCUGGGGUUGCCCCUUUUAAAGCUUCUAAACUUAAAAAAUUGUAAUUAUUUGCUGCAAAGCAGAAUCUUAUAAAUAGCUUAGGGAACUUCCAUAGCCGUGCCUCGAUUAGAAGCAUAGUUAAAAGAAAAUAUUCGCAAAUCCCUUCAUUUUAUGUGUGCUAGGCAUAUACCAAGCUAAAUAAAGUCUGGCAUAUGGAAGAGCUUAUCCGAGAUGUUUUAUUGUGCUGCAGUCACUAGAGCUGACUUGAAGUGAUUGCUGGCCGAGUCCUUGAGGUAAUAUGCAUCCAUCAGCACUGUUACAAUAUCUAUGGACAUUAUAUGUUGCUACCGCUGAGAGGAGUGGAAAGUUUGGCUUCAUGAUGGAUUGUAAGAUGUGAAGAUGGCCACACAAAAGAUGGGCACAAAAGCAGUUAGCAGAUGGAUAGGGGUGCAUGGAGAGGCUAAUGUAACUGUUCUAUUCAAAUUCCUUUCCUUUCGACUCUUUAUCAGUGGUCCAAGUGGCCUAUGUUAUCACCAGGAUUGGCUGUGCGUGAGUGGCGAUCGAUAAGAAAGGAAUAAAAUUCAGUGAAAGAAAUCCUUAUCCAGGAUUUGUUGCAAGUCAGUUCUGCGUGUGCCUACUCUCCUGUUUGUUUUGUGUAUACCGGUGUUGUAUGUCUAAUUAUGCCACCUCUACUGCACUUGUUGUCCAUGAGCAAGUACUCUCGCUGUUUAUAAUGACUAGUUCCUGAAAACCACUAUGCUUCUGAGUUGAUGCGUGUGUAUGAGCUGAUAUCUUUUGGUACAGGGCCUGCUUCCCAUUAUUGCGCUCUAAUUCAUCAGCGUUCCAGUGAUGUCGAAAUGUGAUCCUUAUGUUGGCUGAUUCAUGUUUUAUUAGCGCCCGUGCUAUUCUUGUGUCAAAUUUUUCAUAAUUUCCAAUCUUUCUUAACCUUGCAUUAUUCUUUCACUGCAUGCCUCUGAAAUUUUGCAUAUGGAUUUAUUAGUAGACACUUUGAUAGUACUAGUGCAGCCCUAAUUUCAUGAAACAUUACAUUCUUGUUCACUAUGGAAGCCGUAUGAAAUCUUGCGCAGUAAUUGCAGAAUUAUUACUGUCAUUCUUUGUCACAUGUGGUAAUUGUAACAUGCUAAUUGGACACUAAUGGCUAUGGUGUCUGCUUGUUGUGUCAUAUCAUGCUGGAAUUGUGCUGGUGUACUGCUGUCUUGUACCAACAUCUGGUGUGUAAUAAGGGUUUUGGGCCUGCUGCUGCCUGUGUGUUUAUCACUCUGCAGCUGGUGUUAAAGGGAAGCUGGAGUAAUUUAAAUAUGUUUGAGGAACUGGUGUUGGCCUGGCUUAGUUUAAUGGUUGUGCUAGAAAUAUGCAUUUCUGUCCCCGCUGUAAAUGUGUGCUGUAAAUAGUAUAGCAUACUUUUUAUAAACAGCAUACUAUUUAUAAAUAAAUUGCUUACUGUAGAUGUAUGCUAUGGCACACACAUUGCAAUCUGGAUUAUAUACCUAUAGAAAUGUUUUGACACAAGGGAAGUGACAAAAAAAUAUUGUCAAAUUUGAGCACACCAUUUGCAUUCUUUCUGAAGGUCUUUAAAGAUCUUCAGGAAAGGCAUAAAUUGUGCAAAUGUAUGCUAAGAGGGUGCACACGUUGUGCUUGGCUGAAUUAUUAUUCUGAAACCUCUUCAGCUUCCCUUUAGGCAAUCCAAUUGUGUGAAUCUUGAGGGCUUCAGCUCUGUGAUUGCAGAAGCUGCAAGAGCAUAUCUUGAAUUCAGGGUACAUUGUAGCCAUGGUUGUCUGAAUGAAUAGUUCAUUGACUGCACCAGAGCAACUAUUAUGAUGUAAUUUAAGGUGAGUUAUAUGCAACCAUUUUUAAUCCUUCAUGUAACUGUAGGGAAAAUGUGCAACCUGUUGUGUACAUAGACAGAAAUUUUAGUUUUCAUGCUUGGAGGAACGUUUGUGACGAUACAACAUACCAGCAUAGCUAUAGUAUGCUUCACUUCUUGUUGUUCAAUAGUGGAUUUCUUAUAUAUCUGAAACUCUUACUCAUAAUGUCAUGUACAUAAAUAUCUUCACCAUAGCCUCGUCUUGCAUUACAAAGUGUAAGCGUGUGUGUCAUGCUUACAACUGCCACUCUUUGAAUGACAAUUCUAAAGCCAGUAAUGUCAAGUCUGCCUGCUGUGAAGUGCUAAAGUUACUAGGGAGAAAUGCAACUCUGCGCUUACCCAACCACCUUCAGAUUAGGGAUAGAUGGAUUCUUUUGUGACUUGCCAUUGUUUUAUUGUUGAGAAACCGCACUGCAGGGUCUUUACUUUUGUGUAGGUUUUGCCUUACAAGGUUUGACUGAAUCAAUUAACUGUUGUGCUUUCACAACUAAUUCAUUUUAUCACAUCUGUUUCGGUCAAUGAGUGUCAUGUCAUAAUAUGUAUUGCUGAACACUGAUGAUAUUUGGACCUAGAACUCUCUAAAGACGCAUGCAUUUCAAUUCCGAAUGCUUCUUUUACUCUGAAAUGUUUUGAAAACAUCCAAAUAGAAGAAAUGAGAGGGCAACUAAGACUAAUAAUUUGGCCAUAAUGAAUUUGCCACAGUUAUUACAGAUUAAAGAAGAAGCCAAAAGGAUGAAGUUUAUAUGAAUGCAUAAAGAACCCGCCAUUUUGACACUGGCAUUUCAUGCAUACUGUAGUGCCAGAUUUCAGUCUAGUAAGAAAAAUAUGAAACUCUUUGUUCCCCUGCCCUUGGAGCUGCCUUUGACAAGCAGUGAUAGGAGAAAACCUAAUUGCAUGCUCUACAAAUGAGUGUCUCUGUUAAGCAUUAGCAUACCACUACUCUAUAGUGCAGCAUCUCUGUGACUUACCUCCCCCUCCAAGAAAUGUUCCUGCCAUAAACCUAAUAUUUAGUUGUAGGACUGACAUUGAGACUGCAUCUCAACUAGAAUCAAGAACAAACGUUGAAUGUCCUGUGCUGUGAUGAUUGUAUGCGUGUUUGCAAUUCAAAGAAUGAAGUACAAACUUAGCUGAGCCAACGACAACAACAAAUAUAUUCUAUUUAGCAUUUAACAUGUCUGCCAGGUGCUGUGGAAGAAUUUCAGAAACUGCCCACCAAGGUGCUUUGUGGAAAAGAAGUGAAGAGGCAGAGAGGGCUUUCUCAGCGAAAGAACGCAACUUCUGUAGUUCUCAAACUUGUAUUAAUGUAUUGUACAUCGUGCUGGAUAUUCCUGGAAUUGCCUUGUAAGGUGCACAACUACGCAUAUUUACGAGAUAACCAUCAGUAGGUAAUAGCUGUUGCAUGUGUGCAUAUCCUUAUCCUUAUCAACUCUUUAUCUGCCAAGAUUCCGUGCAGUAGCUAAUUUUGGUUAUAUUCUCCUAAAAGUAUUCAUGCAUCAGCCAAAAACCUGCCGUGUAUCUUCUGUUAGUAAAUGUGUAUUACCAUGGCAUGGGCAGUGCAGCGCAACGUAUGUACAGCCGAGUCCCAUUACUUAAGAUCCCAGGAACCACAGUUUUGUUUUAAUUGCCCGAAGUUGAAUUAUAAAAAGAAAUAAUAAAUUGUUAUACAAGCAAGGUAUACACACAAGACAAAUUUAUGUAGUUUGCAAGAGUAUGUGACUGGGCCACUACUAAAAUAUUUUAGCAGGGGGCAAACAGCAGAAGCCUCAGGCUGGAGCCCACAUUGGCAAGGGGGCUUGCAAAAUGUUGGCUGAAAGUUCUUGUUAAUCAAUUUUAAUUUCCAUCAUCCUGGAGUCUCUCAUAGCCCAUGAAGUAAUUUGAGACAAGCUGCCUCAUAACCUCAUCUGAUCUCCAUCUUCCUGUAACACCUCCCUCUCAUUUGGCCACCACCUAUCUAUUAAAUAGAAAGAGGGAGAGAGAGAUAAAAAGAAGUCCCUGGGAUAGUAAUAAAAUUGAAGAAUACAUGGUUCGGUCAGUGGCAUCAUCUCGUGGUUCUCAUCAACAUACAGAUAAGCCAAGAUAUCAAACUUAUGUACAUUUUGUACAUUCAUAUUUCAUGGAUGUUCAAACAUUAGCUGUUCUUGGCUACCUUUCAUUGCCCCAGGAGUAAACAAAAAUUUGGUUAAUCUAAAGGCUACUUGCAUUGCUAACACAGGAAACUAACCAAAGUUUGGCAUUUUGUUCAGAUUAACUGAAUUUUGGAUGAUCCGAAGCUACCAUAAGUCGACUGUACGUUGUAGAUUUGUAAUGGAAUUGAGAAUUGUGGACUUGCAGGAAAUGCUGAGAGGUACGAGUUUUAGAGUUCCAAUGGUGAGAAGCAUGAAUUGAAGAGUUCUCAUAGGGGACAUUGAGCAGCCAUCGUCUUCCAUUAACGACACAAGAAAGAUAGCAGAAGUGAUGCAUUUCUUUCCCCUGGAAUCAUGUUGUGUUAGCAGCCUGCACACCACUUGAAGGCAGUGUUUAACCUUAUGCCAAGUUCUUUUUUCUUUUUCUUUGCUUCUUGAGUAUUCUACCAACAGUUUCUUGCCAUGCCAAUCUUAAAAAUAUUAUAUAACUGUCUUCAUCAUAUUGUAUUUAUGAAACUAGCUUGAUGUUCAUAUCAUCCACUUGUGUAUAUGUCACUGCACACUCUAGUCCUUACUGCUCAUGGCAGAUCCCAUACUGUCAGAUCACUUUUUCGUAUGUUUCACAUCAUCCACUUUAAUGAGGCUGUAAUCGCCUGCCUUUGGAUUCUGCAAUUUUCUGUAAUCAUCAUGUCUGAGACACUGCCACGGUUUUUUCCGCGAUGUUUUGUCUCAUGUUUGAAGUGAUUUGUCUAAAAAAAAUGGCAAUGCAAUUGUGCUUGAACCUGCGUGAGUUAAUGUGUUGCUGGUAAGAUAAGGACUUGGGAAUUAAGUACUGCUUUGCAUGUGGAAAAAAAUUUCAUGCUUAUGUCUGAUAUGUCAUUUUUAAUGGGGCAUUGUUACACUGCUGGUAGGAGACAAUUUUGCCAAAUGGUAUGCCAUUUCCUUCGCGCUCAUGCAAGAUGUACUGCAUGCUCUUGCUAAGUUUACUACGGUUAGGUUUGUACACUUUGUACAGUGCUGUGGAAGCUAGUUCAGCUAUUCUGUUGGGCUACAUUUACUACCAAAAAUAUAAUGCAGCAUAUGUCUAUGAUAGCCAAAGCACGAGAACAUGGUGCAUGUGACCAUAAAGCAUUGUUUCCUUGCAUUUCUGCUAAAGAAGACUUAUGAAAACAUUACGUAUGCUCAUUGAUAACUACAUGUCAUAGUUUGAAAAGUUGCAUGGACACUUUCCUGUACAAACUUGAUCUGCUUUGACGGAGGCAAAAUGUAAAAACGCCCGUGUGCCGUGCAUUGGGUGCACGUUAAAGAACCCCAGGUGAUCAAAAUUAAUCUGGAGUCCCCCACUACGGGGUGCCUCAUAAUCAUAUUGUUAUUGGUAUUGGUAUUGGCAUGUAAAAAACCUUUUUUAAAGCUUGAUCCAUAUCCUUAGCUGUUACUAAAGUUUAUGAUGACCACGGAAUGCACAAAGUGACAAGUGCUUUGUGACAACUUGUGUAGCUUUCACAUGAAGUUUCAAAAUUGUAGUAUUAGUGAGUGUGCAUGCAUUGAAAUGACACUCUUCUGAUAACAGAUUGCACACACAGUCUUGACUGUGAUGUCUGUUAUGCAUGCUGGCACUUUCGUUACACUUAGUGAUGAACAUUGUUGAUAAUCCCCAUCGAAGUGUGCGGGUGGUUGGCCUACAUGCAUGACGUCAUGGCUCAGAGUGCAUGCUUUGUGCGAUCUCUAGGAUGCAUUGGCUGGCAGGACGUAUUUUUUGCAUUUUUAAACAUUUUAUGUUUGUUGCAAAUGAAAGGCAACAUUCUUGCUCUGACGCUUAUCACUUGCAGCUCAUAUGAGGAAAAUCUGUGUCAAGCUGCAAGCACAGCAGUAUGCAGUGUUCAUAAAAGUACUAAAAUGAUCUUGGAUGAGCUAAGUGCGACGUGCCCUGCAUUAUAGAGCACUGAGGCAUGUAUUGCUUUUUAAUUUUUAGAUGGGCACAAGUGAGUAACCUGACAAACAUGGGAGUGAAAAAGAAAACACAUCCAUGUUCGAUUUCAAGUCAGCAUCAUGCUUAUCAUUGAAGGAUCUGGUGCCAAAUAUUUCCCUUAGUACCGAAGUAAUAGGGCCAUAUUUAUGUGUUGCUUUAGUUGCAGUUUAUAAUUAAGCCAUGCAGAGCAGCUAUUUAGUAUGCACAGCUCAAACAGCUUAAAAUUUUCUAUUUACAAGUGUAACAAAAGUGUGCUAAUUUUGCACUGGCUUCUUUGAGCCACAUCACUUCGUAUUACAGUGCAGCUUCAUUACCACAGGUCACUUCAAGCACAACUGCAUUACUGGCUGCCAAUCAGUUGGUCACACUUCGAUGCCAUCUGAACAAAUACACAGCGGUCAAUUUGUGUAACGUGUGAUUAUUAGUCUGUAUGCAAAAUGGCAUAUGUGCUAAAAAGAGGGCCAUGUCCUCCUUUACUCUCCCUUGUUUUCAAUUCUUGUCUGACAUGUGUACAAAGCAUUGUGUGACCUGCUUCCUGAGAGCUACAAUAAAGAAAUGCAUAUUUUUCUCAAGUACAGA